CGGUUACAGAAGUAAAGUAAAAAGCAAGAAAUGUCUGAUUCCGCAGUUGCAACAUCCGCGUCUCCUGUGACUGCCCCAACAGCCUCAGGCGAGAAGAAGGUGGCUACUAAAAAGGCAGCAGCAUCCACAUCGAAGUCAAAGAAGUCAACAGCUCCUCCAUCGCACCCACCAACUCAGCAAAUGGUAGAUGCAUCGAUAAAAAAUUUAAAGGAACGUGGUGGCUCAUCUCUUUUGGCAAUUAAAAAAUAUAUCGGUGCUACAUACAAGUGCGAUGCCCAGAAGCUAGCCCCGUUCAUUAAGAAGUACCUAAAGAAUGCGGUUGCGAAUGGAAAGCUGAUCCAAACAAAGGGCAAGGGUGCGUCUGGUUCGUUUAAACUAUCUGCAUCCGCUAAAAAGGAUCCCAAGCCAAAGGCCUCCGCUGUCGAGAAGAAAACUAAGAAAGUGAAUUCUUCGGCAGCAGCAACUAAAAAGAAGAGUAUUACGUCAAGCACGAAGAAAGCAGUGGGUGCCGCUGAUAAAAAGCUAUCAAAGGCCACACCAUCCAAGAAGAGUGCUGAGAAAAAGAAGGCCGACAAGGCAAAGGCUAAGGAUGCGAAGAAAAUAGGAACCAUAAAGGCUAAACCCACAACAGCAAAGGCAAAGUCAAGCGCUGCAAAGCCAAAGAUACCAAAGGCUAAGAGCACAAGUGUUAAGCCUAAAAAGGUCGUGUCAGCAGCAACUCCGAAAAAAGCUGCUGCCAAGAAGCCAAAGGCAACAAAGAAAUAAUUUGAUAUGCAAGCUGACAAGCUACUCGUCAGCAUAUGCAAACUUCUAAUAAUGAAAUUUGCUUUCCAACAAAGCCCUUUUAA